CGUUGCGUGAAAGUGAGAUGCAACAGAGGGAUUUAAUAUUGAGAACGGUUAACGGUUGUUUGUAAGCUGUGAUUCCGCAGGAGAGCCACUGCCAUCCGCUUUGCGUGUGACCAACGAACCGAAAGAGGUGACACCUCCACCCCUCAGCAGGCCCAUGAAAGGGCAUCACGUGAACCAGAGCCUGUCCCAGCAGGCCUCCAGUUCAUGCCACUGUGUGUUAGGGGACCAGCGCAGCCAUCUUCAGCGUCCAGGAGGGGGCGCAAUCCCCCAUGCUCAAGCCGUCCUGUUACCCAGUGACUCCUGCCAUAAGUGUACCCCUUCCUUGCGGCAAGUGAAACAAGGUCUGCCGAGCCAGCUGGAUGUAUUCUAUCCAGAUGGAUUUCGUACUCUACAGUAUCACCGGUCAACCUGCAGGGCACAGCGCAGUGAGAGCCCCAACCGCAUUCGCCAUUUGGUUCAUUCUGUCCAGCGUCUCUUCAACAAGUCCCACUCCCUGGAGGACAAUGCAACACGGUUUGAUUACAGCUACCCUGGCCCCGAGCACCAGGAUAGGGUUUCUAGAGGCCAUGGGGUCAGGUCCAGCCAGGAGCUUGGGCAUGGUGAGGGUUAUUGUGCUGCUUCGCAGCAUGCUCUGCGUUCCAGUCGGCGUAGUAGAAGCCAUGAGCGCAACAAAAACAAAGACUCGCAUCACCAGGACAGGGACCUGGGCUUGUUCAGCUCUGAUGACAACAUAGAUGCUGAUAGUAGAGGGUCCCAUGGGGUCUCCCGGGGUUGCCAAACCUUGGACAGGGAUGUGAGGUUGAGAGCCCCCAAAGGAGGGUGCCUGGUCUGCAGCAGCAUGGCUCUCUGUAAGGAGGCCAGACCUUCUGCCUAUGGAGAUGCCUGGACCUCUACAAAAGUCAGUCAGGCACCAGAACUCCCCAGAGCAACCAGUGAGAAGCUGCUGGAAAGUCACACACGUACCAGGACAACAAAUGACAAGCAACUGGGAAGUCACACACACCCCAGAGUAACCAGUGAGAAGCUACUGGGAAAUCACACACACCCCAGAACAGCAAAUGAUAAGCUACUGGAAAGUCAUGCACCUCGAAAGGCAACGAAUGACAAGCUACAGGAAAGUCACCCACACCCCAGGACAGCCAAUGACAAGCUACUGGGAGGUCACCCACACCCCAGGGCAGCCAAUGACAAGCUACAGGAAAGUCACCCUCACCCCAGGGCAGCCAAUGACAAGCUACUGGGAGGUCACCCACACCCCAGGGCAGCCAAUGACAAGCUACUGGGAGGUCACCCACUCCCCAGGACAGCCAAUGACAAGCUACUGGGAGGUCACCCACACCCCAGGACAGCCAAUGACAAGCUACUGGAAGGUCACCCUCACCCCAAGGAAACCAAUGACAAGCUACUGGAAAGUCACCUACACCCCAGGGUAGCCAAUGACAAGCUACUGGGAGGUCACCCACACCCCAGGGCAGCCAAUGACAAGCUACUGGGAGGUCACCCACACCCCAGGACAGCCAAAGACACACCACUGGAAGUCCUACAGUCAAAGGCUCUCAGGGAUGUCCAGUGCAGGAUGCUUCCUGGUGCAUAUCCCUACGAGUCCAGGGAGGUCUCCUGUCAAAGGAUGAAGCACAGCGGCUAUAUCAAAGCUAUGGCAGAGGAGAUCCAUGCAGAACCUGGCUUCCUGGCUAAAGCCCCUACCAAAGAUGCUGCUGCAGUCCAGAGAGAGCUUAGUAUGGAUCACACCCACCCAGGUGUCAGGUAUUGCUGUAAACUCUGCCAUGAUCUUUGCACCAAAAGCCAUUCCUUACCAAAGAAACAUGUCCACGAUCGUAUCUGCUCACACUCACUGUGCAGCGCUCAGGGGCACAGUGUGCUGGACAGUGGAUUCCAGAGGGUAUGUGAGUCUGGGUGGGGGGACUCACAAUCACUGGAGGCUUUGGACUUACCGGGAGCAUUCCGGGUGAGAAGCCACAGCUACAUACGCGCUAUCCAGGCAGGCGUGGCCCGAAAUGACCCUGAAACUGGUGGACUUAGGGGCGGAGUCGCUCUGCAGGCCCAGGGAAAGGUUCCUCCUCCUCUUCCACCCCGAAAGUCUAAGCCUCAAGUCAGAGUAGCAUCUCAGAGCAGCACAGAUGCCACACAGGAGACCAGCACACAAAGCAGGGGGGCGGUGGGGCCCCGUGGGGUCACACAGCAUGCCCCCUCCCUGGAUGGCCUGGGGGCCAGCGCAAGGUACCCCACCUGGCUCAGGUACCACUCCGAGUUAGGAGCAGCGGCAGAUGGGCAGUGGCCAGCAAGCUGCAGCCUCCCUCAGGGCCCAGGCCUUCAGCAGCAUGUCGGGUCUGCUGACAUCUUGAAUAAGAACUGCAAUCUUCAGGAAGCCAAGGGCAGUGGCGCAGCAGACAGUCUGCUGGGUGACGUUCUUCAGAGGAGACCUGCUUCUCUCCCACAGAAGAGCCUGUCCUGUAGCACGGAUGGGCACAAGUGCAACUGCAGAUCAUGCAUCAGUAUGCUGGUGGACAGUUCAGAGAGCCGAGCAGUGAGGGAGCUUCAGUCCAUUGGCAUCCAGGUCGAGGAGAACAGGAGGCCCAUGUGGUUCCAUUGCUCCACCAGCUUGAUGGAUCAGGAGGAGAUUGGCUUCUCCCAAAGAAGUGUGACUCCUGGCUGGGGUAACUCCCCCCAGCAGACUUGUUUGGAUCGCCUUCAUUGGCGUGAGCCCAACUGUCACCAGACCUCCAACACUGGGCUGAGAAGCAGUUCUGAUACGGGUUUGGAUCCUGGUUUGGGAUUGGGCCGAAGCUCUCGCCAAAAUGAUGCUGAGUUCUACAUGCGUCUGCUCUGUGUGGAGGUGGAGAGGAUGCAGGGCUGGUGCCAGGGCAUGCAGAAGGAGACUGAGGACACCCAGCUGCCCGAAGAAGCACUUUACCGGAUACGUAAUGCAGUGGAAAAUGCCCAGCAGUUUAUGUCUCAGAAAGUCCAGCACUUUUUCCAGCUCUGUCAGAAAAACCUGGUAAGCGCUGAGGCCCUGGCUGAGCUGUGGGAGCUGCUGCAGCUGGGUCUGGAGGAGGUACGUCUCACAUUCUUGGACCUGCAGACGCUUCGGGACUCGGGCUGGAGGCAGCUUUCUGCCCAGGACGUUCCUCCACCCUUACCAAAGAAGCCAGCUGGAGGCAUGGGGGUGGCCCAGGCACAGUCCCUGUCUGUGAGACGGGAGAGAUCUCUCGAUGGCCAGCAGCACCCUGAAGCCCACGGGAAGCCAUCUCCAACUCGGCAGACUUCCUCCCUGCGCCAGGACUCUGCCACCGAGAGUGCUGAUGAUGUCGAGCGCUUCAUCACAGAGGGACAGACCCGCUUCUGAGACCUACAUCUCCACUGCAGUAAGCCAGUAGACUGAUCCAGGAUGCUUUCUGAGUUUUGUUUGGUUUACAAGCUGGCAGCAAUUUAUGAAUCAAGAACACAUGCAUAAAACUUGUUUGGAUUUUGUGUGUAUGGUGACCUCAAAUCAGCAACUAUUUCACUGUGAAACAUUGCCCUCUGGUGGCUGAAAUGAAUCCUUGUCCCUCAUUGUCAAGAAUGGCUGCAUUUUAGAUUCUCCUUUGUGAGCACUUAAAGUAGAAGGCAACAUUUUCUGAGAAAUUUGAUGUGGCUGAAAGUUCUGAAUCCUAUGCUGUGUUAACCUGCUUUACACCUAUGUCAUGAACGGGGUCAGUUUGGAAUUGUCAUGUGUCUGACUUUAAACAUAUCUGGUAUACAAAUUAUGGCAAGAGCGUACACUAUAUUUACACUAUAUUAAGGUAUUGGGACACCUGCCUUUACACACACAUGAACUUCAAUGACAUCCCGUUCUUAAUACAUAGACAUUAAUAUGGAGUUGGCCCACCCUUUGCAGCUAUAACAGCUUCAGCUCUUCUGGGAAGGCUGUUCAUAAGGUUUAGGAGUGUGUUUAUGAGAAUUUUUGACAAUUCUUCCAGGAGAGCAAUUUGUGAGGUCAGGCACUGAUAUUGGAUGAGAAGGCCUGGCUCACAAUCUCCGCUCUAAUUCAUCCCCAAAGGUGUUCUGUCGGGUUGAGGUCAGGGCUCUGUGCAGGCCAGUCAAGCUCCUCCACACCAGACUCGCUCAUCCAUGUCCUUAUGGAUCUUGCUUUGUGCACUAGUACGCUGUCAUGUUGGAAUAGGAAGGGACUCACAAAGUUGCUCUCACAAAGUUGUUGACUCUGCAGACAGUUGGUGAAUUUUGCACACUGUGCACCACAGCAUGCGUUGUCCCCGCUCUGUGAUUUUUACGUGGCCUACCACUUGCUCUUGUUCCCAAUUGCUUCCACUUAGUGGUAUUAUAACAAACAGUUGACCGUGGAAUAUUUAGUAGUGAGUAAAUUUCACAAAUGGACUUAUUGCACUGGUGGUAUCCUAUCACGGUACCACACUGGAAUUCACUGAGCUCCUGAGAGCGACCCAUUCUUCCACAAAUGUCUGUAGAAGCAGUCUGCAUGUCUAGGUGAUUUUAUACACCUGUGGCUAUAGAAGUAAUUGGAACACCUGAAUUCAAUGAUUCGGAGGGGUGUCCCAAUACUUUUGGCAAUAACGUGUACGUAUGGUAGGGACAUGUCCUUACUAAAAUUGUGGGAGUAGUAUGUGUGUAUAGUAGGGCAGGAGCUGGGGUUGAUUUGUUCCCUCUACCAGUGUUGAAACCAAACCUAUGGCUUUGAAUUAAGAUCAUGUUUAAGUCACAUAAAAGUUAAUCCAGUCGCACUCAUUUUGCCAUUUUGUCUGUCACCUGGAAGAAAGCUAUGCAUUGGUGUUGCUUUGAUAGAAAUGUGUUCACACAACCAACUUAUUCUGCACCUUGUGCCUGUACCGCAAACUGGGGACAAAGGGCAUGUAAGGAUACUGAGAUGAUGCUGCUUUUUCUGCUCUGCUCAGAGACCUGAGGUCACCUGUAUUUUGUGGUCUGGUGUGUAUGUAGCAGGGAGGGAUUUGGGCUCAUCACAAUGGAGUUUGUUUCUCUUUUAAAUCAGAUGUGUGCAGAACUACAGCCUUUUGGGAAACAAUGAGCCAUACAAAAGCAAGAUGCGGAGCCCUGAUCCUGAAAGGUCUGCUCAGUCCUCAUCUGUGUGGCUAGCAGGAGCUCUUGGAGUCUCUAUCUUAUUUCCAAAUAUUUGUAAAAAUCUCUCUUAAUUAUCUGAGUAUGGCAGCAGAUGCGAAGAAGAAUGAAAGGAUGAACUUGUACCCUCAUGCCCUGUGAGAGAGUGCAAAUGUGGGGUUAGUGGGCAGCUGGAUUUUAAAUCCUGUCCACAUUGCUGCCACAUCACCUAUUACACAGCAGAUUAUAGUUUGUACAAUGAGUGUUGUAGGUCACGAAAAUGGGGAUAUUGGGAAUCAAUAAUUAAAAAUUAGGUCAGUCUAGUUACAAAAUGAUGGUCUCUGAUCUUUCCUUACUGAUCAGUAGGUCAAUGCAGGCAGUGGUAUGAUCAGGAUUAACCUGUGCUGUGCAUGACCUGGGCUUUUUGCUUACAGUUUAGGUAGCAGCUUAUUCGGUUUCACGGUUAUGGCUAAGAAGCCCCUAGUGUGAGACUGGAUGUUCUGGCCUGCUCUAGCUGCAUGGACCGACAGCGGAUGCAUCUGUGUGUGAUGAGAAUCUGCUGCCCCAGGAGGCUCCUGUGGAGAUGCCAGCCAUCAAAGCUAGGAGCUGCAGCAUGGAGAAGUGGUAGAGCAGUGGAUCUGCCCUACUCAGCGUGAUGUUGAUGAAGCAGCAGCGGAUCAGCACAGGCAGCCCUGCUGAGCAGGUGGCUGCCAUGGUGGGCAAGGUGUCUUCUGUGCCCACAAGCCCAAAGUUGUAUGAACACACAAAGCCCAGGAAAAUGCCAGGCAGUAAUGUCAGGAAGGACAUGUGGGAGCAAAGCAUUACAAGCAAGGCGGUGCUAAAACAGCCAAGUCUACCCCUGAAUCCUGAUAACAGCACAUAUUGAUGCACUCUGCAGCUAGGCAAGUGACGGGAUGAAACGUACCAGCCAGGUAAAGGGUGUCCUCCUCGGCUCCGUAAGACAGGGUGCGCCCAGGGUCAACGUGUUGCAGGCCUGAUCAGCCUACGGUAAGACAGGGAGCGCCCAGGGUCAGCGUGUUGCAGGCCUGAUCAGCCUACGGUAAGAAAGGGUAAGCCCAGGGUCAGCGUGUUGCAGGCCUGAUCAGCCUACGGUAAGAAAGGGUAAGCCCAGGGUCAGCGUGUUGCAGGCCUGAUCAGCCUACGGUAAGACAGGGAGCACCCAGGGUCAGCGUGUUGCAGGCCUGAUCAGCCUACGGUAAGAAAGGGUAAGCCCAGGGUCAGCGUGUUGCAGGCCUGCUCAGCCUACGGUAAGACAGGGUAAGCCCAGGGUCAGCGUGUUGCAGGCCUGAUCAGCCUACGGUAAGACAGGGAGCGCCCAGGGUCAGCGUGUUGCAGGCCUGAUCAGCCUACGGUAAGACAGGGUGAGCCCAGGGUCAGCGUGUUGCAGGCCUGAUCAGCCUACGGUAAGACAGGGUGCGCCCAGGGUCAGCGUGUUGCAGGCCUGCUCAGCCUACGGUAAGACAGGGUAAGCCCAGGGUCAGCGUGUUGCAGGCCUGAUCAGCCUACGGUAAGACAGGGAGCGCCCAGGGUCAGCGUGUGGCAGGCCUGAUCAGCCUACGGUAAGACAGGGUGCGGCCAGGGUCAGCGUGUUGCAGGCCUGAUCAGCCUACGGUAAGACAGGGAGCACCCAGGGUCAGCGUGUUGCAGGCCUGAUCAGCCUACGGUAAGAAAGGGUAAGCCCAGGGUCAGCGUGUUGCAGGCCUGCUCAGCCUACGGUAAGACAGGGUAAGCCCAGGGUCAGCGUGUUGCAGGCCUGAUCAGCCUACGGUAAGACAGGGAGCGCCCAGGGUCAGCGUGUUGCAGGCCUGAUCAGCCUACGGUAAGACAGGGUGAGCCCAGGGUCAGCGUGUUGCAGGCCUGAUCAGCCUACGGUAAGACAGGGUGCGCCCAGGGUCAGCGUGUUGCAGGCCUGCUCAGCCUACGGUAAGACAGGGUAAGCCCAGGGUCAGCGUGUUGCAGGCCUGAUCAGCCUACGGUAAGACAGGGAGCGCCCAGGGUCAGCGUGUGGCAGGCCUGAUCAGCCUACGGUAAGACAGGGUGCGGCCAGGGUCAGCGUGUUGCAGGCCUGAUCAGCCUACGGUAAGACAGGGUGAGCCCAGGGUCAGCGUGUGGCAGGCCUGAUCAGCCUACGGUAAGACAGGGUGCAGCCAGGGUCAGCGUGUUGCAGGCCUGAUCAUCCUACGGUAAGACAGGGUGAGCCCAGGGUCAGCGUGUUGCAGGCCUGAUCAGCCUACGGUAAGACAGUUGCUGAUAUCACUACAGUCAGAACCAGUAGGACGCACAGAGUUGACUGUGAUGAAUUAUUGCUCUGUGGUAUUUUUAACUGGGCAGUAAAGGUAAAAUAAUAGCAUGGUAGAAUCUACUUUUAAUCAUCACAAUUAUCCCAUUUCCAGCAAAGAUCAUUGUGGAUUCUCAAUGAAGAGCUUUGGGGUAUUCUGAUGCCAAAGUGCAUCAAGAGCUGACCACCAUGGCCACGUAGAGUUUCAGGUAUCAGGUCCACAGGGGACACCAUAUUGCAUGCAUACCACCUGACCUUGUAUUGCUUGGACAAUAAAAACUGCUACAUAAGGCUGCUAUUCAUAGGUUUCAGCUGAAUACCAUAAUUGACUCAUGUGACGUAAUUGUAUGGCUGUAGCGACUAGAUGAACAUCAAAUUUGGUAGAUGAUUUUAUAAUUGUUCGUAGUUCAUCUGUGCGACACCAUGCAGACUGAUCACUCAAAGACUUGGAGUUCAGCGCAUCAGUAGUAGACCUCAGUGAGGCAUCAUCAGUACUGACACCCUACAUGGCACUGGGUUGAUUUUACUGCCACAGUCAAAGUUCAGCUAUAGCUACAAUUCUAUCAUAAAGUUUGCUUACAGCACCACCAAUCACAAUGAUCAAAAAUGACAGUGAGUUGGCGGUUAGGUUCCUGGCACGCUGGUGCUUAAACACAAGAAGCUAGUCACCGACUCCAGGAAGCAGAAGGGUCACCAUCCACAUCAGUGGAGCUGCUGUGGAAGUUUUACAUUCAUCGGGAAGGUCCGUCAGACACUUCACUACUUCAGACGUUCAGGGAAGGGAUGGGACCCUAACCUUAAAGCUGGAUCUAUGGAACCACAGAUUCAAAAGUAAGUUAAAGAAAUUUAUUUUAUUUUUUGAUUAUUGUCAUCAUCUGAGUGUGAAGAGAAGAUUGUGGGUAGUAAAGAACCAGGAAAGAUAGAGGCCAUGAAAGAAAGGAUGCAGUUUAUUCCUUCAUCUUACCCUAAGAGUGUCUUCAGUAAAGACAGAGGCCUCCAGUGCCAAAACAUGGCAUACAAAUUUCUAUUAUUCUUUAAUUAAAAUAUAUAUCCAGUUAAAAAAAAAACACAAAAACAGAUGGGUGUGGACAUCCUGGCCUGAGGACAGAGGCCAUGCUCACACAGACUAUUCCUUAGAUUUGGUCUGGUCAGGUGAUCCCUGGGGUCAAAGCUGAGGCCAGCUUCAUGGGCCUGUAGUAUGGCUGAAGCCACUGGGAUUCUUCGACUGCCAGCGCCACAGGUCCUCACCUUGGGACACAAGAAGCGGGCGUGAGUCACAGGCCCUGCCCUGCAUGCAAUACACAAUCUGUAGUUCACUUAAAAUCGGCUACUUUCAAACAAGAGAUUACAUCAUCUGAAAAUGUUGUGACGAUAAACAUGUCUUUCGGAUUUGUCUACUGUUGUUGAACAAACAAGU